AUGGAAAAGGGGCUCAUGCCCUUAGCAGCCCUGGAUGUCAUCAGGGGUUGGUUGGUCCUGGAAAUGGCAGUGUCUUCGGAGGAGGACAGACGAUUGAUCAAGGCGGCAACCCGCAAUCGCCUUGCAUACAGUGAGAUCAGGACUGCCCUGCUAGGUCUCUUCGAAGCUGGAGGAGGACACGGUGGUCAUCGACAUCAAGCCUCACACCGUGCCUACUUUCAGGACUAUGAUCCCGACGAGACCUAUGACAAGAAUGCAGAGCACUACGGCUUCUACACUGACGAGUCCUACGGCCAGGACUACAACCUUGAUGAGUAUGGCGAGUGGCCUGAAGAAGACAACUUCGAGGCCAAUGAAUGGGAGAAUGAAGAGGAGUUCGAUGAGGAACUUCUUCGUCUUCAACAAGAACAAGAAGAGAUCGAAAAGAACAAGUCAGAACUUGAGGCCUUGCUUGGUGAGACCGACCGCAAUUUGGUUGAAGCUCGCAAGGCAGUUGCAGCAGCUCACAAAGAUCGUGGCUGGUCCGGAACGGUGCAACAGAAGCAGCCUCGAUCGACAUCUACAUACCCUUGGAAGGGCAAGUCCAAGGGGAAGGGCAAGUCAAAUGGUUCAUUCCGACCUGCACCUCAUGAUGGUCACUGGAUUCAAGGUGGCAAAGGUGGCAAGGGUCGAUCUUCAUUUGGAAGCUAUGGCAGCUUCAAAGGAAAGGGCAAGAAAGGAAAAGGAAAAGGCUCAUAUGGUUCCAACUUCAACAUGGGCAUGAUGGAAGUUGCUGGAGACCUCGACGAUGACGAGGGCAUGUUUCCUUUGCUGAUGGCAGCAACUCCGGAGGCGAAAAUGCCUCGAGAAGCUAAGCUUCCGCCCUAUCAGUCUUUGGUUGACACUGGUGCGACAGCCAGCGCCGGUGGAAAGCAGGCUGUGCAGGAUCUUUGCAAGUCCCUCGUAGCAGUCCGACCAAACUUGGAAGUGACUGUGAUUGAAACAGCGAGACCUUGGUUUCGGUUCGGCAACGGUCGCUGCGGACGAGCUCUCUAUAAGGACGAGAUCCGGAAGGCCGUGAGGGAAGUGGUUCAAGAAGAGAUCUCACAGGCCACGAAGCAGGCCAAAGAGGAGAUCAAGUCCACGGCCGCCAAGGCCAAAGGAAAAGCCAAAGUCAAGACCGAGCUCGACUACACCCGAAAGGCUGGGAUGGAUCAACGCGAUCCCAGGUCGAAGGACCAACAGUGGCCGUGCUACGGGAAUCAUCAUCCUCACAGCCACGGCAAUCGCUUCGGCAGCUGGUCGGAGUGCGGAGUGUGCGGCCUGCGCGCUCAGUACAUUCCUGCGACAAAUGCACCUGCUCAGACGACCCAUGUGGAUCUGCCCCAGAAUGUGACCCUGGCUCUGGAGAGGCUGAGGAACGAAGGUUGGGAACCUCAGAACAUCUCCUCCACACAGGUCAAGGCGAUGAUCACCAUUGUCGCAAAGGAGUACCAGCUCAUCAAGACCCCGAAGGCGAAGAAGGGCUACACCAAGCCGAACGAUCUGCCUCACGCUCCAUCCACAGCAUCCGGGUCGACUCCAAACCCAGAGAUCUUUCCGAUCGGCUCGGACUCGGAAUUCGAGAAGGUGAGCGUGGCGGACGGCAAGAAGAAGCGGGAGAAGGACCCGAUGGUCCAUGAAGCUAAGGAGCAAUGUCCUUCUAUAGCCUGGUUCAGUCUGGUUUGCACAGCCGUUACCUCCAUCCAGAAUCUCAAUCAACGAGACUGGAAACAAGUUGACAAUCUUCGAAAGAAGAGACAGCGAUGCCGUCGACAACUACGGGGAGCAAUAGCAAUCGUUUGUGCUAUCAUCAUGGCCAGUGGGAACACCAGCAAGUUUUUCUUCGAGUGGCCAAAAUGGGCAACAGCCGGAUGGCGUCUUCCUGAACUUCAAAACUUCAUCAAACAGUAUAACCAGGAGUUCGGGCGCCUCUACUUCACACAGAUUGACGGCUGCAUGCAUGGCAUGAAGAGUCCCGACGGCUACCACAUCCAAAAGAGCUGGUUGAUUCUCCACAAUGACCCAGAAUUUCAUGACAAAUGUGGCAACAAGUGUGAUGGUCUUCAUCAACACCGUCCUGGUGGGAUGAUCGGAAUGGGAAGCAAAGCCGUUGCUGAAACAGCCUUCUAUCCACCUUCCAUGGUCACGGCCAUUGCUCGAAUAUGGAGAUCCCAAUGUCAUCGAAGCCGGCAAGCUUCUCCAAAGGAGAUCUACAAGACCAUCAUGGCCAUUGACGCUGACAAGGAGCUUGAGAAAAGGGAGACAAAAGGGGAACAAGAAUUGAAACAUGUGCCAAAAGAAGAGAUAGAGAAGACCAACGCCAUGCUACAUCGACUUCAUCGCGCAGCUGGACACCCGACAAAUCGCUCUUUGGCGAGACUUUGUCAAGACCGAGGACUACCGCCCUGGGUGAGCCAACUGGCAUUGAACCUUCGAUGUCAAGCAUGCGUGGACACCAAGAAAGGUGCACAGAUGACUUUGCCUGCCUCAAUCGAGUCCAGAACAAGACCCUGGCAGAUGAUUGGUUUGGACGUCUUCGAGCUCUAUUACCCAAAGCUCAAGGUCAAGGCAAGAUACCUGCUCAUGACCUGUUUGACUAUGAGGUUCACUUCAGUUCAUCUUCUUUGGCAAGGUGACAUGGCCACCACUGGCACUGAUGCAGGAGCCUGGCACCUUGAGAAUGACCCCCUGGAGGUGAACGUCAACCAUGGCAUGAGCACUGCAGAGUUCUGGCAAGUCCAAAAGAACAGAGAGGCCGUUGAACAAAUCCAUCGAAAAGAGCUGGCAGCCUCUCGCAUGACUCGGCUCUACAAUGCUUCAAGCCGGCCCACCAAUGCAUACAUGGUGGUAGACUGGGUGUGCGUGUGGAACCCGUCUUCGAUCCUGAACGAGACCUUCUACCAGAUCAACCACGUCCUCAAGGAGAACCUGAUCCUGGAGAAGGUGAUCUGCAACCUCCAUCUGAUGAACGGCAUGGGCCUUCAGAAGAAUCGGAGUCAAGACCUCGUUCGAGAUCACGAUCCAGAGAGCCACCAGAACAAAGACGACAACGAGUACAAGAACACGUGGCCCAAUGGGAUCAGCUUCAAUCCAUCAACAAGGCCCGUCGUCUUGAAGGACUACCUCCGUUGA